AUGUGGACCCAGCUUGAACAGUUUAUGAUUUGUGAUAAUAUACCUCAAAGAGACAAAGAAAAUGUCGUAUUGCUACACGUUUUCAAGCAAUACAAUGAAGACACUGAAAUUGUAGCUGGUUGCAAUUUUUUUUACGCAACAAACGAUGAUUCCGUUUACGGUUUCGGCGAUAAUAUUCACGGGUGUCUCGGUUUGGGUCACAACCGGGCGGUCGAUACGCCGCAACUAAUCCCAGAGUUGUGUGGAAAAAGUUUUAAACAAUUUGUCAUCGGAUAUGACUUCGUGUUAGCUAUCACUGAUGGUAACCAAAUAUACAGUUGGGGUCACAAUAAUCGCGGUCAAUUAACCAGAGAAAUUACGCCAAGCGUUGCGGUUCCCAACACUCUCUGGCCCUCAGCGCUGAUGGACAGGUGUACGGGUGGGGGCUCACACGCCAUCACCCGUGACGGGCACGUGUUCAGUUGGGGCGUUAAUACACAUAAUCAGCUAGUAACAAACGGAACACUUAAGCGGGACUAUGUCAUUGGAAAUCAGAUAGAUGUCGGAAGUGGAUUAUGUGCAGAUAAAAGUAUCUAUAAAAGUCAAUAUGACGAGUUAUCGCAAAUUGGUUCCGGAGGUUUUGGAACUGUAUUUAAAGUAAAACAUAAAUGUGAUGGCGAAUUAUAUGCGAUUAAAAAAAUGAACAUCAAUGUCCGGUCAGAAUAUGUGGUCCAGUAUUACAGCUCAUGGAUUGAAAGGAAUGAACUAUACAUUCAAAUGGAGUUGUGUUGUUAUAACCUUCAGAAUAUUCUUGAAGUUAAACCACAAGUAUUUGGUCGACAGUUAGGCCAACCUAUGGAUUGUGUCGAGUAUUUCAUUUUGUGCGAAAUAUUCCGUCAGAUCUUAGAAAGUGUUCAGUAUUUGCAUGAAUUGAAUCCACAGAUCAUUCACAGAGACCUCAAACCAGAAAACAUAUUAAUUGCAGAAAAUAUCAUUCACAGAGACCUCAAACCAGAAAACAUAUUAAUUGCAGAAAAUGUAAGGAACGACAGGUUUGUUAAAUUAUGUGACUUUGGUUUGGCUAUAGUUCACGACAAACGCUAUAAUUCUCCAACAUCUAAAAAACACACAUCAGAUGUGGGCACAAUAAAGUAUCAAGCACCUGAAGUUAAUCACAGUGAGAAAUAUGGGCACAAAGCUGAUAUCUAUAGUCUGGCAUUAAUUGGUGGCGAUAUAUUUGAAUUAGAUUUAUAUAAACAGGAAAGUAAAAGGUAA